AUGGAGACGGUCUACCUGCCCAAGAACCAAUCGGAAACCCCUUCCGAUGGAGAAUCACCACUUGCAAAGGCCAGUCAGAAGAGAAAACACCCUCGGGCGGCUGGGACGUACCCACGGAAACGAGCUACACAGGCAUGCCACACUUGUCGCCUGCGACGGACCAAGUGCGACAAUACCCGGCCUGCCUGUGCAUCCUGUGUCCGUUUGGGGGCGGAAUGCAACUACCAGCAGAUAGAUCACUCGACAUUUGAUUCUGCGAGUUUAGCGAUUUUGAAGCGCAUAGAUGAUCUGGAAUCUCUGAUCCAAUCCAAGGCCAAUGACCUGCCUGCGCUGCCAUCGAACUGCAUUCCUUCAACGUCGCCUAUCUCUUUCAGCAUUGGAUCGUCUGUCAUUGAUCAGCAAGCUCAGUGGAAACCAUCAUUUAUCAAUAUAGAUGAGGUUUUGAAGUGGCCUGUAUUCGAGAAUCACAGUUUUGAUCAGCGACUAUAUUCACUAUCACAGUCAGAAGAAGACAGAGUCCAGUCGGAACUACCCAUAUCGGUUGAUCUUGAUCUCCAAGAGGCUGAUAUUCUUCUUCGAAAUUUCUUCGAUGAUGUGCAUAUUUUCAACCCGACGCUAAGGGAGGAAGAUGUAGCAGAAUAUGUCAAGAUUGUGCGAUACAACGGCAUCGGCUGGGAUGCCACAUCCUGCCUACUGCUUCUCAUAUAUGCUCAUGGCUCGAUUGCAACUCCAUUUGUCAAGAUUGAGCCGGAUGGAUCGUCUUCCUCUUUUCGUCAGUCGAAGGAAUUCCUACAGGCUGAGUCGUACUUCCUUGCUGCUCAGAAACGAAUGGGUAUGCUUCUUUGCAAAACUGGUGCCAUGGAGGCCCAAUGUUUUUUCUUGGCCGGCGUCUAUUUAAUGGCAACUUUGCGACCGGUUGGUGCUUGGAGAAUGUUUGUGCAAGCAUUAGCCUGUUGUCAGGGGUUUUCCAUCCAAGGCACAAAUGACAGCCACUACGAAGAUGAAUGGAAUACCAAGCAGAGGAUAUACUGGACUUGCUUCAAGUCUGAACUAGAACUUCGACUGGAGCUAAACCUAUCACAAAAGAAUGUUUUGGAUCUAAGCUACCCAACAUUUUUUCCUACACCCCCCGAUGGUCUAAAGACUAAAGAUGAGGCAGCAUGGUAUUUUUACCUGGCUGAGAUUGCCCUGCGCAGAUUGGAAAAUCGCAUCUUGGGACACCUCUAUCGACCCGACGCGGCAAUCUCAGAAUCCACCAUGAUAUAUGCGAUUGUUGAUUUUGAAGAGCAGAGAGAUGCCUGGUACCGCUCUCUACCCGAAGUGUUGGCUCUCGACAUUGAUACCCCCAACACAGAUCAAUACGAGCCAUUUCGGUUCAUACUCCGUGGGCACUUCCUAGACUGCCAAGAGACCAUGUAUUGGCACUUUUUAGUGGAGGCAAUAUAUGGCCGUGUUCAUGGCAGCAACGAUGUCUUCCUUCGAAAGGGGUUGAAGGUUUGCGUGGACAGAAUCCAGCAGAAUCGGACAGGUUUCUACCACCGCCAUCAUGGGACAUGGCUUAUGUUACGGUCGUGUACAAGAAGUGCACUUGUUCUCCUUGCUGCGGAACGUAGUGCAGAUCUUGUUCAUCUGUUGCCUCUGGGCUGGGAAGAGGCCAUUCUUGAGGUGACUAGGAUGCUGAAAUUCUGGAAAGAUGAAUCAAGUGACGUGCUUGAGAUGUUGGACAUUGUGCAUAUUCUUAUCAAUUCCAGAGCUUCUUAA